AGCAGAGGAACCAGCGAGCGAUGAUGGGCGUCGUCAAGGUCGUCGCAUGGAUCGCCGCCGUCGUCGGCGUCGUCUACAUGAGCCUCAUGGAGAGCAUCGCACAGUCGGAAGCGCACAUCUCCUUCGUCAAGGCCGCCCUCGAGAAGCUCCGCGCGGAGCACGUGGCCGUCGACCUCGAGCCGCUCGACACGAGCCUCCUUGGCGAGCUCGAGGCCAAGCACGCCGAGUGGCGCCGUGAGUGGGCAUCUAUCAAGCAACGCGAUGUGGACGAACGUCAAGAGGUCCUGGCGCACUGGAGCGCUACGAAGCAGACGAUUCUGGACGACGUGGCGGCCAAGACGUCCGAAGUCGACGCGGUGCGCGCGAAUGAGCGCCGGGCCAUGCACAUUCUGCGCGAGUGGAGCGACGUGCGCAAGGCAAUUGCGUCGACAACGGCGCAGAUCGCGUCAAUCCAGUCGAAAAUCGAGUACCAGGAGCGGCAAACCGCGGCCAAGCAGCGGCUCGCGGCCGACCACGCGGACGCGAUCGAGCAGCUCCGCUGGGCGCAGCAGGCCCGCGAACGCAUGUUUGAAAACGAAAAGCUCGCGGCCGAAGAGUCGAUCACCCGCCGCAAGUUUUGGCUCCGCGCGCUCUUCCUCGCCGCAGGCCUCGUGACCUUUGGCGCCGUCAUGAUCGCACUCGACAAGGACCGCAAGAAGGGCACGAACCUCCGUCUGUACGACUACAACCAUGGCUCGAUCGAUGACGAGUAGUGCAUCCGAUUCCCUCUUAAUAUAUAUCUUCUCCAUC